GUUACAUUGCGUUGCGCUCCCUUUCUGUUUCUACAAGCCGCUUUCAACCCAGCAGCCCGCUUUCCGCUCGCUUUCCCCCUCGCUUUCCAGCCGCCCCCCCCCAUCCCCAAUCCCGCCUCUUCCCCGCUUUCUCUUUCCUUCCUGAAUGGUGAAAGUCUUUAGCCGAACACAGCCAGCCAUCUCGUCCACCGUUUGUUCCCGCGAUCCAUCCUCGUAUCAUCAGUCCAAACGAUUCAUUUAAACAGCGCCAAGCUUCUUUAUCGCCAUCAAGCCAAAGUUCCCUUUUUUUUCUCUCUCUCUUUCACAAACUCCCAUUUCACCUCCAAGCUCCCCUUUCUUUUUUCCUCAUCAAAACCAUGGUUCAGCAGCUCAAGUCCAAGGAUUACAUUGCGAUGGAAGACGCAUACAAUGCGCACAACUACCACCCAGUCCCCGUGGUCAUCUCGCGCGGCCAGGGCGUCAACGUCUGGGACGUCGACGGCAAGCAGUACAUUGACUUUCUGUCGGCGUACUCGGCCGUCAACCAGGGCCACUGCCACCCGCGCAUCAUUGCCGCGCUCGUCGACCAGGCGUCGCGACUCACGCUGACCUCGCGCGCCUUCCACUCUGACCAGCUCGGCAUCUACGCAAAGUUCAUGACAGAGUACUUUGGCUAUGAAAAGAUCCUGCCCAUGAACACUGGCGUCGAGGGCGGCGAGACGGCCGUCAAGAUUUGCCGCAAGUGGGCCUACACGGUCAAGAAGGUCGCGCCCAACCAGGCCAAGAUCAUUUUCGCCGCGGGCAACUUCUGGGGCCGCACGGUCACUGCCGUCUCGACCUCCACCGACCCCACCACCAAGGACAACUUUGGCCCCUACACGCCCGGCUUCCAGGUCAUCCCGUACAACGACCUCAACGCGCUGCGCGAGGCCGUCCAGGACCCCAACACUGCCGGCUUUUACAUUGAGCCCAUCCAGGGUGAAGCCGGUGUUGUCGUCCCCGACGACGGCUACUUGCGCGAGGCCUACGCCAUCUGCAAGGCCGCGAACGUCCUGUUCAUUGCCGACGAAAUCCAAACCGGUCUUGGCCGCACGGGCACCCUCCUUGCAUGCGACCACGACGGCGUCCGCCCCGACAUUCUCAUUCUCGGCAAGGCCCUGUCUGGCGGCCACGGCUCGACCUACGGCGGCAACGCCCUUGCAUGCCGCGUGGCCAUGGCCGCGCUCGAUGUCCUGCGUGACGAGAAGCUCACCGAGCGCUCCUUCCGUCUGGGCAACGUCCUCCGCGCCGAGCUCAGCAAGCUCCAGGAGCAGUACAAGUGGGUCCAACUUGUCCGUGGUCGCGGCCUUCUGAAUGCCAUCGUCAUUGACGAGACGUUCAAGGUGUCUGCCUGGGACAUUACCUUGAUGCUCAAGGACGCCGGUCUGCUUGCCAAGCCCACCCACGGCCACAUCAUCCGCCUCGCCCCGCCGCUCGUCAUUUCCGACGAAGAGCUUGCCAAGGCUGUCGGCAUCAUUCGUGACGUCUUUGCCAAGGUCAAUGCCCUGUGA